CCUGAGCUGAGGAAUCUAUUUACCAUUGACUGAAGAAGAUUCUUCAAAUACACACACAACGAAGAAGACGAAGAAGAAGAAGAAGAAGAAGAAGAAGAAGAAGAACAAUGUUCUUGAUCAGAAACCUAACACGAGUCUCACCGACGACAUCAUCGAUCGUGACCAGAUUCAGAAACUCCGGAUCAUCAUCAUCACCAUACACACUCGCUUCCCGUUUCUGCACAGCUCAAGAGACUCAGAUUCAAUCUCCGGCAUCUUCAAAUGGUGUGGAUCGGAGUCAAUACGAAGGUUUAAGACCGACGAGAGAAGGAGAGAAACCUAGAGUUGUGGUUCUCGGUUCGGGUUGGGCGGGUUGUAGGUUGAUGAAAGGGAUCGAUACGAGUCUCUACGACGUCGUUUGCGUUUCUCCGAGGAACCACAUGGUCUUCACUCCUCUUCUCGCUUCUACUUGUGUUGGUACUCUCGAGUUCAGGUCCGUCGCUGAGCCUAUCACUAGUAUUCAACCUGCGAUUUCUAGAGAGCCUGGUUCUUACUUCUUCCUUGCUAAUUGCUCUCGUCUUGAUGCUGAUGCUCAUGAGGUUCAUUGUGAGACUUUACCUGAUGGGUUGGACACGUUAAAGCCAAGGAAGUUCAAGAUUGCUUACGACAAGCUUGUAGUAGCAAGUGGUGCAGAGGCAUCCACGUUUGGGAUCCAUGGUGUCAUGGAAAACGCGAUUUUCCUCCGUGAAGUUCACCAUGCUCAGGAGAUUCGGAGGAAGCUUCUUUUGAACCUGAUGCUCUCGGAUACUCCUUGUUUACCGAAAGAGGAGAAACAGAGGUUGUUACAUUGCGUUGUGGUUGGAGGUGGACCAACCGGGGUUGAGUUUAGUGGUGAACUGAGUGACUUUAUUAAGAAAGAUGUUCGUCAACGAUAUUCUCAUGUGAAGGACGACAUUCAUGUUACUUUGAUAGAGGCCAGGGAUAUACUUUCGUCGUUUGAUGAUCGUCUCAGACGUUAUGCUAUCAAGCAGUUGAACAAGUCUGGAGUGCGGUUUGUGCGUGGGAUUGUGAAAGAUGUGAUGCCUCAGAAGCUAAUACUUGACGAUGGCACAGAAGUUCCCUACGGACUCUUAGUGUGGUCCACUGGUGUUGGUCCAUCUCCUUUUGUGAGGUCCCUUGGUCUUCCAAAAGAUCCUGGUGGAAGGUUAGUUCAUCAAGAUCACUCCAUUAGACCCUUUUUUGCUAUUUUUUUUUGCAUCUCAUCUCUUAUACCUUUCGUUCUAUGUUACUGGCCAAUUAAGGUAGCUGAGAGAGAAGGCAAAUACUUGGCGAAUCUACUAAAUGAGAUUGCGAAAGCUAAUGGAGGACGAGCCAACAGCGCAAAGGAGAUAGAACUUGGAGUUCCCUUUGUGUAUAAGCAUCUUGGAAGCAUGGCUACCAUCGGUAGAUACAAAGCCCUAGUCGACCUCCGUGAGAGCAAGGACGCAAAAGGGAUAUCAAUGACUGGUUUCGUGAGCUGGUUCAUAUGGAGAUCAGCCUAUCUGACUCGAGUCAUCAGUUGGAGAAACCGCUUCUAUGUCGCCAUCAAUUGGUUCACAACUUUCGUCUUUGGUCGUGACAUUAGCCGUAUCUGAUCUGUGUCCAAAGUGUUUCAUCUCGGCCUACUGUUAGCGAAGUUGUUUUGUACAGAAACAUACAUCAAUAACAAGCUCCAGCUGAAGAGAAGAUUUUAAACUUUUUUUUUUUUGUGUGUGUGUGUGGUUCAGUGGUUGAUGUGAGUAAUAACUUUUUUUUUUUGUUCUUUUGAAU